AAACGAAAAGGGUUGAAGCCAUGAAAGUUAAUCACGAGUUGAAGUGCAAACCCUCACUGUGUCGGAGAGAACAGCGAGACCGAUUGGCUUUCUGGGAUCUGGGAUGAACCAUUGGAGAUUAGCGAGUAUCUUAGCUCCGAUCGAUGACAGCAUUCAUUCCAGCCAUGCGGUUUCCCGCCCAUUAGUCGAGAGCAUUAUGAUCUUUAUUGCAGUUUGGUGGACCCAUCGCAUGUAAACGCCCGAACAAUUCCCCAUUGGCAGUUUUUGAAGCUUCAUCUUGUCAGCUACAGCCGCUUCACAACGACGUGUCAAGAUGACCAAACCACGAGUCAUCUACUGGUUUCGGACCGAUCUACGCCUUCAUGACUCUCCAGCUCUCAAAGCAGCAUUGGAUCUCAAGCCAGAAUGUCUCUAUCCCAUCUGGACUUGGGAUCCGCACUAUGUCUAUCGCGCCCGAGUUGGCUCUAAUCGUUGGCAAUAUCUGCUCGACUGCCAAACCAAUCUCUCAAAGUCGAUAACAAAACUUAAUCCAAAGUCGAAGCUCUUCCUCAUUCGAGAGGCACCGCAAACACUGUUACCUAAGUUGUUCAAGGCGUGGAAGAUUACGCACCUGGUGUUUGAAAAGGACACCGAUGCGUAUGCAAGAGAGCGAGACGAGAAGGUGACAGAGCUUGCGAAAAAGGCCGGUGUCCAGGUUAUCGUGAAGACUGGGAGAACGUUAUACGAUCCUGAUGAGUUGGUCAAGCAUAACCACGGAAAACCGACAAUGAGUAUAGCCCAGGUACAAGCUGCAGGAAAGAGAAUUGGACUAAUUCCAAGACCCAUACCUGCGCCAAAAUCACUGCCCGACCCAGGAAAUACUGAUCUGAAAUUUGACCAAGAGAAGCCAGAAAGCGAGCCGGAUAUCAACGCAAUUCAGAGAAACGGGGACGAGGCUUCGUACUGUGCUCUAGCAGGACCGAAUGGAGACUUUGCAGUACCGACAAUGGAAGAGCUGGGCCUAAAGCCUGCAACCACACCACACCGCGGCGGUGAAACAGAAGCACUACAGGCUCUGAAUAAGAUCAUAGCAAACACCGACUAUACAGCGACUUUUGAGAAGCCCAAAACCGCACCCACCGCUUUUGAACCCCAGUCAACCACCCUCCUUUCGCCACAUAUGCAUUUCGGGUCUCUAAGCUGCCGACUCUUCUACUGGCGUUCUCAAGACGUCGUUGACAAGUACAAAGGAAAAGCCUCACAACCACCCACCAGCCUAACAGGCCAGCUACUGUUCCGUGAUAUGUACUUCGGCGCGCAAGCAGCCCUAGGCUAUUCCUUCGGCCAAACCUACAACAACCCGCAAUGUCGUUUCAUCCCCUGGCAUCUACCCUCUAAGAUCGAUACCAAGUCCAAUCUCAUCACCGGCAAGUAUUUAGUAGACAACGCCGAGGCAGAAACUCAUUUACAUCGCUGGAAACACGGUCAAACAGGAUUCCCCUGGAUCGACGCUCUGAUGCGUCAACUUGCUCAGGAAGGUUGGAUCCACCACCUUGGCCGCCACGCCGUUGCUUGCUUUCUGACGAGAGGUGGAUGUUAUAUUGAUUGGGAGCGUGGAGCAGAGGUAUUCGAAGAGUGGCUCAUUGAUCACGAAGCAGCAUGUAAUAUCGGAAACUGGCAAUGGCUGUCGUGCACGGCAUUUUUCGCACAGUUCUACCGAUGUUACUCACCCAUCGCCUUCCCACAGAAAUGGGACAAAGAUGGAGAUUUUGUGAGGAAGUACGUUCCAGAACUGGCAAACUUCGAUAAGAAGUAUAUAUACGAGCCAUGGAAAGCGCCAAUUGCAGACCAGAAGAAGUGGGGGUGUUUGGUAAAAGGGGGUGGGUCUGAAGAGGCCGGUGAUGGCGCGAUGAGAGUCUACCCAAAGCCUAUGUUUGACUUUGGAAAGAGAAGGGAUAUUUGUAUCCAGGGCAUGAAGAACGCGUAUCAUGUCAACCUCUAUGGGAAUUCGCCCCAAGUUCUCGAUGGCACAUGGCGCAAGCUCUUUGACAAUGAAGCAGAGGGACCUACUGAAGGAAGCAAAGGACCACCAGGUGCGAUGAUAAAGGAAGAAGAUCAUGAAGAUGCAGAUGGACAUGAAGAGAACAUGCAUGUGGACGAGCCGCCCAGCCCUAAACAAGCGAAGAAGAUGGCGAUGCGGAGCGAUCAGAAAGCAGGACAUAAGAGAGAGGCAAGCCAAGGAACACUGGAUGGAAUGUUCACAAGAAAGAAGAAGAAAGACGGAGAGAUCUUUCCUAACGAGACACACUUUGGGUAGCCGUCUUUUUGAGCAACAAGUCCAUUCAUAGAGGCUACCACGAUACGACAAGCGAGCAGCAAUGU